CGAUGUCGCCGGCCAGGCGGGACCCUCCGCGGACGUUCCUCAGCUUCUCCCAGCUGCUGCUGCCGAGCGGGGGCCUGGGACCCCAGCUCCCGCGGCCCAAGAUCAGCUACCUGGAGGUGGAGAUCCUCGACCAGAGAACCGGGGCGCCCGUGUCCGUCAUAGACAAGGUGCAUCCGUCCUCAACAGUACUUGACUUGAAAAAUCGCUUCCAUAAAGCAUGUCCUGGGUGGUGCCCAUCCCGAACAGGCCUCCGUACUGACCCCAACGGGCCUUUCCUGCCGGACGCCUGCGUCAUGGAGACCAUCGCCACCUCCUCGUUGGUCUCGGUCUACCCCACGGACCUGGGUCGGCAGGUCGGCUGGACCGCGGUGUUUCUGAGUCAGUAUGUCGGCCCUCUGCUGAUAUACCUGCUGUUUUAUCUGCGCCUGUCGAACGUGUACCAGGACUCUGUAAACAGCCCGCGGCCUCUUGUAGUGCACCUGGCCUGUUUCUGCCACUCUCUGCACUACAUCAAACAUCUUCUGGAGACUCUGUUUGUUCACAAGCUGUGCGAGGGAUCCACUCCCCUGCGAAACCUGCUCAAGGGCUGUGCCUUCUACUGGGGCUUCACGGCCUGGUUGGGAUAUUACAUCAACCACCCGCUCUACACCCCCCCACACUAUGCAAGCAAACAAGUUAUUCCAUCCCUUGUCUGGUUUUUGUUUUGUGAAGCAGGCAAUUUCCAUAUCAACAUGGCUUUGGCCCGGCACAAUCAGAAGGCUUUGUAUCCUGCGCCCACCUGCAACCCCUUCUCCUGGCUCUUCAAGCUGGUGCACUGCCCCCACUACACGUAUGAGAUUGGAGCGUGGUUAAGUUUCACCAUCAUGACUCAAACCGUGCCCGUGGCGGUGUUCGCGGCGCUGGUCUCGGCUCAGAUGGUCCUGCGGGCCAGGAAGAGGCAUCGCAAGUUCCUGAGGCGGCGGCCGGGCGGGGUCAGAGGUCACCGCAGGACGGCGGUCAUCCCUUUCAUCCUGUAGCGCCGGGCGGCGGGCCAAAGCGCCGCCCGCAGGAGGGCGAA